AUGGUUGGAGCUGAGGAGCGAAAAUGUGAGGAAAUAGCACCUCUAGCUAGAUGGCCAGAAACAACACUUUUAAAACCCUGCAAUGGUCAUUGUGGCCAACAAGCGUACCACCCACCAUCACCACGAAUUUCAUUUCCUGUUGUCUGUCCUGUCCUAUGUAAUUCGCUUGUCUUUUAUUAUGUUUCUCUUCACUUCAAUGUUAUUGAUCCUGUUACAUGUUUUAACGUGAAUUCUCAACGUCAACACAACUUUUAUUCCUUUUUAUUUAUAAUUAUAUUUUUGUGUAUUUCCGUGGGAGUUCCUAACAUAAAUCGGAAUAUUUUUCAACAACCAAGUUUCAUUGUAUUCUCAGUUGUGCGAUGUAGUCAGUUACCUAUACUUGAAAACGGUAGAAAGGUAGGAAAUGAUGUAAAUGUUGGCGCAAUCGUGAAGUUUUUCUGUUCAUCGGGAUAUGGGUUGGAAGGGCCUAACCAGCGAGAAUGCUUAGAAGAUGGUAGAUGGAGCAGGGGUGACCCAGUUUGCAUACGUAAAGGUAAUCCAUCUCACUGUGUACCGCUUCCGAUACCAAUCAACGGACAAAAAUCAGGGACAAGAUAUGAUCUGUAUGAUGUAGUGAUAUUUACAUGCGAAUCUGGCUACACAUUGAUUGGCAGCAAAUUAAGACGAUGUCUAGAGACCGGUUGGUCGGGUGAACGCACAACCUGCGAAGGUAGUGAUGAAUAUAGUGAUAUUGAAGAAGUCAAGGACUCUUUCAUCCAAAACUUUGACGCACUCAAAACUGUGACGUAUACGAAUCCAGAGGUAGAAGCUAGAAUUGAGCAGGAGAGAGAAGCUGCGUGCAACGAAAGUGCUGGAGAAAACUGUCAAACCGGGCGUCUAAUUGAUUUAAACUACGAAGGGAGGCUGGAAAUCUAUUUCGUCUUCGAUGCUUCGCAGAGUGUCGGACAGGAAAAUUUCGACAUUUCAAUUGAUUUUGCAAAAGCUGUGGUUACAAAGCUUGGAGUAGGUACCAAGGAAAAGGGUCCGCGAUACGGCUUUGUUGUUUAUUCGAAUGAUGCCGAGGUUGUGCUUCACACGACUGAGCCGGUAGAUACUGUAGAGGCUGUACACGAGCGGCUUAACACUAUAGAGUAUGAAGGGCGAGGAACGAAUACAUUUGCUGGACUGAACGCCCUCUAUGUUCAGGUCAUUCCGUUGUCUGUCAACAAUCUGCCUCCGACAGACGCAACGCCGCAACGAGCGGUGUUUUUACUGACCGAUGGUAAAUCAAAUACCGGUGGUGCGCCUUUUGACAUAGCAAACAAACUGAGGGCAGAAUUUAGCGCCAAGAUUCACUGUAUUGGAAUUAGCGAAAGUGUAAAUAAAGACGAACUUGUUGAGCUUGCUUCUACUCCGACUAGAGAAUAUUAUUUCCAUCUGAAAGAUUACGUUUCUCUUGAGGAAUUAGCGUACGCAAUUUCCAACGAAGAAUAUGAUUAUUCUCCGUGUGGAAUUGGUGGAAGCAACGCACAACGAUCGGGUAGAAUAAUUGGCGGUACUGACGCCAACCCCGGGGCUUGGCCGUGGCAGGUUGCUUUCUAUGACAAUGAACAAGAUGAUGUUUUCUGUGGCGGUACCUUAAUUAGUAAUGAAUGGAUUUUAACAGCCGCGCAUUGCUUCGACCAGGACCCAGGACCUAAUAGUGAAAUGGGGAAAGAUUGGAAAACAACGACGCCAUAUAUGGGAUUGACAGACCGAGAAAAAGAUAAAAAAUCGUCAAAUACUUCCAGAAUUAUAGACUUGAUAACGCACUCACUUUACAACAACAAAGAAUCCCCCAAUUAUGACUAUGACGUUGCCUUGGCUAAGAUAGAACCGAUUAGACUUCAUCCACAAGUAAGAACCGUAUGUUUGCCCGGUGUGACUGAUACAAAUCUAGAAGAAGAGUAUUCAUUAGAAGGGAAGCUCAACAAAAUUGAAUAUGUCACAGUGACAGGCUGGGGAAGAUUGGGGUUUAAAAAGGAGAAGGCAACUAAGCUUCAGCAAUUAGACCUCCCACUUGGAAUAUAUGACAAAUGUAGAGAAUCGUUAGACGGAGCAGGAGAUGAAUUUACCCAUCGAAUGUUCUGUGCUGGAGGAGAGGCGGGCAAGGAUUCAUGCUCAGGAGAUUCAGGAGGACCAGUUGUCCAAAAAAGAACAAACAAUGGUGAAGAAAGGUACGAAGUUGUAGGAAUAGUUAGUUGGGGACAAGCAGAUUGUGGUCAGGAGGGCGAAUAUGGGUUUUAUACACACGUACCAAGGUUACUUGAUUGGAUUAAAAAAAAGACUGGACUGCAAUAAACCAAUACGCAUUGCAUGUUUAGGCCUACGUACCUAAUUAUAUUUCAUUUAGAAAGACCUUGUAAAAGUUACAAGAACAGGACCAUACAGGUGAUUGAACCACACAAAUGAUUGAACCAUAUUAUUAUAGUACUGUGCUGCAUUAUCAUGCAGUAUGCCUACCGUAUUUGAAACGGAGAAUAGAAGCAAACCGGAUCUACAUUAAAGUUAGUGUAGUGAUUAGUAAUUAGGCUAAAACUAAAGCGAAAAUACGGCGAAUAUAUUUCACUUAUAUGUCUAUUUUGACCGAUAGAAAAUCCUGAUUCGCAUACAGAAUACUUGACUUACCAUAAACCUCCAUACAUAAAGCAUAAGGGAACUCUUUCAAUAAUAAUUAUUUAUAAAUAUGGAAAAUGUGUCUUAAAAUAUUAUGAUCGUUGUUUUCAUGGCUUUUACAAAUAUGGCCUUUCAUGCGUGUUUGACGUUUGUGAAAACUGGAAUACAUCCGUACUGCGAAUAUGGUAAAUGGCAAUUUAGGCCAAAUAAAAAAAAAGGACUGGUUUCUCAGGACCUAGCGCAUCUUGGUAAAAGUGAAAGUAGUAGCUGUUUCCCAUUGCCAUCUCGGAGUAAAAAAAAAAGUGUCCUCACUCUCCAUAUUUCAGAAUAUUAUGACGAGAAACUACCUUUUUGUUUUACUUGGCCUUAUAUAACUUCAUGGAACAACUGAUCAGCAAAGAUGUAUCAUUAGGAAAUUACUGAUUUCAUAUUGGAUGUAUUUUUUCCAUUGAAGUAUAUAGUAACCUUUAUAUGGCUAUAAUAGUCUGCAUAUCUAAUUUGGUUAUUCACCCCAAAAUUAUCAAAAUCAUUAUUGAAUUAUUUCAUGUAGUUUAAAUAAAAGAGGAAAUUGUGCAUA